UUGUUUUUCCGCUGCCGGCUGGCGGACUGCCGAGGCAGUUCCCUAAAUCCUUUACAGGAAUCCUGUCACCAUGACCAGCUGGAAUACAAUGAAAACGCGGAUAACCGCUUCAGUGCGGACCACCAACCGCAUGAAUGCCCUGCUUUCCGAAUCCAUGCUUAGCAGGCGGCGGGCGGCCCAAAACCCCGAGGGAGAAGCCUCUGCCGCCGAGGGUGGGGAGGUCAAGAAGGAGAAACCAAAGAACGACUGGAAGUUCUUCCACACCAACUUCAACAUGGAGAGGGCCCACAAGAUCAUCGAGGAUUGCAUUGAGGAGCGGCUGCUGUGGGAUCGGUUUAGUCGCAAUUACGACUCCUGGCGGGCCCUGCAGCUCGUCGAAGGACUCGCAGCGGAAAUCAGGGACCGGGUCAAGAAACUUAAUCAUAGGAGGCACCGCAUUGUCUGCCUGCUGUCGAUUGUGGAGAAGCAGAACCAGGGCGUCUACCAGCGGAUGUGCCACCUGAUGGACGAGAAGCGGGACAAUUUCACCCAGCUGGUUUUUGAGCGGCCCACGUACUUCAUGAUUGUCGUCUUGUAUUUGGUCUACAAGGACUAGG